AUGGCUCUGAAACAGAUUAAUAAGGAAUUUAGUGAUCUGGCCUGGGACCCUCCAGCACAAUGUUCCGCAGGGCCAGUUGGGGAUGAUAUGUUUCAUUGGCAAGCCACAACUGUGGGACCUAAUGACAGCCCACAUCAAGGCAGUGUAUUCUUGUAUUCUUUUGACAAUAAUUUUCCUAUAGACUACCCCUUCAAACCACCUAAGGUUGCAUUGACAACAAGAAUUUAUCAUCCAAAUACUAAUAGUAAUGGCAGCAUUUGUCUUGUUAUUCUAAGAUCACAGUGGUCUCCUGCUUUAACUAUUUCUAAAGUUCUUUUAUCCAUUUGUUCAUUGGUAUGUGAUCCAAACCCAGAUUAUCCCCUCGUGACGGAGGCUGCAUGGACCUAUAAAACAGACAGAGAUAAGUACAACAGAGUAUCUUGGGAAUGGACUCAGAAGUAG